AUGACAACUUUGGACCUCAGUGUCCGUGGUGCUGCCAUUCACUGUAGAAAGAAACACAAGCGGGAGGCGGACGAUGAUGAGUGUCCAGUAAGGAAGAAACGACUCACUGAAGCAGAGCUGCGUGCUGCAGAAUGGGCUCUCUGUACACACCAGACUGUAGAAAGUCAUGGCGUGAAUCCAUGCCCUAGUGGCCUUUCUGUACCUGGGAUGUUAGAUGCUGUUUGUGAAGAAAUGGAUCAGACAACCGGAGAGGCGCAGUGUGAAGUUGCCCGGAGGAGGCUACAGGAGAUUGAGGACAGAAUAAUUGACGAAGAUGAAGAAGUUGAAACUGACAGAAAUGUGAACCACCUCCCCAGUCUUGUCCUUUCUGAUACCAUGAAAACAGGCUUGAAGAGGAAGUUUGAUGGAGGCUUUACAAAGAAGAUGAUUGAGUCCAUGAGCUGUCUUUCCAUGGAGCUUGUCCUCUGGAAACCUCUUCCUGAACUUCUCCCUGAUAAGCCAAAGCCGUCAUCCAAUGCCAAGAACUACGUGGGAGGAAGAGAGCGCCAGAGGAAGCCUGCAGUUGCCAGCGCUGCCUUCCUGCAGAGAGCUGAACUGUUCUUGGAACCCCGGCAAACAGAGGUGCCUCCGUACAAUAGUGUGGAGACAGCUGCUAGCUCCGAAGAAGACAUGGAGCUCUAGAACCCAGUUUCUGCUGGUUGAGAAGGCUCCUCUGUUCAGUAGUGAGCCCACCUGCGUAGUAGAGUAUAGGGACUUGAAAGUUUUAUGAAACGGGUGUAAUUUUUCCACCUGUGAUUUGGGGUGGGACUCUCAAUUUUGGGUAGCCAUUUAUUGACUUCAACUUUUUGCCAAGGAAGCUUAUGUCAAGGGAAAAAGUAAGGUUUUUUUUAACAGGUUUAUUCCAGGAAUGGUAGAUCAUAGCCUCUUCAGAGGCAGUUAUAGAAGCAGUAUGUGUAUGGGUGACUAAGUCAACUGUCACAUUGUCUAAGCCAUUCAUAUACAUGGAGAAUAUUCUUG